GGAGGGAAUGGAUUUUUAUCAAAUACCCAGCAGGCUGCCCAUAGGGCAGCAGCUGGCAUAAGUAGCCUGGCUGGAGAGGCUUUCUUCAGGAAGGAGGGAGGCCGCCGACCUUCGGGGCCGACGGACUCCCGCACAGUUCCUGAGCUGCUACCAGGCAGGUGACACUUCCUGUAGCCCCCAGCAUGCGGGCAGGACUGGGUCCCAUCAUCACACUGGCCCUAGUGCUGGAGGCAGCGUGGGCCGUGGAGCUUAAACCCACAGUGCCACCCAUCUUCACCGGCCGACCCUUUGUGGUAGCGUGGAAUGUGCCCACGCAAGAGUGUGCCCCACGCCACAAAGUACCGCUGGACCUUAGGGCUUUCGAUGUGGAGGCUUCACCCAACGAGGGUUUUGUCAACCAGAAUAUCACAACCUUCUACUACGACCGGCUAGGUCUGUACCCACGUUUCGAUGCAGCCGGGAUGUCUGUGCAUGGCGGUGUGCCCCAGAAUGGUAGCCUCUGCGCACACCUGCCCAUGCUCAAGGAAUCUGUGGAGCGCUACAUUCACACCCAGGAGCCCGGGGGGCUGGCAGUCAUUGACUGGGAGGAGUGGAGGCCCGUGUGGGUACGCAACUGGCAGGAGAAGGAUGUGUACCGGCAGUCCUCACGCCAGCUGGUGGCCAGCCGACACCCCGACUGGCCGUCAGACCGGAUAGUGAAACAGGCACAGUAUGAGUUUGAGUUCGCUGCCCGGCAGUACAUGCUGAACACACUACGCUACGUCAAGGCAGUCAGGCCUCAGCACCUGUGGGGCUUCUACCUCUUUCCUGACUGCUACAAUCAUGACUACGUCCAGAACUGGGAGAGCUACACAGGCCGCUGUCCUGACGUGGAGGUGGCGCGGAACGACCAGCUGGCCUGGCUCUGGGCCGAGAGCACAGCACUCUUUCCCUCCGUGUACCUGGACGAGACACUGGCUUCCUCCCCACACAGCCGAAACUUCGUCAGUUUCCGGGUUCGGGAGGCCCUUCGCGUGGCUCACACCCACCAUGCCAAUCACGCCCUCCCGGUGUAUGUCUUCACACGCCCCACAUACACCCGAGGACUCACAGGACUGAGUCAGAUGGACCUCAUCUCUACCAUCGGGGAGAGUGCAGCCCUGGGCUCAGCCGGUGUCAUCUUCUGGGGUGACUCAGUGUAUGCUUCAAGUAUGGAGACCUGCCAGUACCUCAAGAAUUACCUAGCAGACCUGCUGGUCCCCUACGUGGUCAACGUGUCCUGGGCCACCCAGUAUUGCAGUUGGACCCAGUGCCAUGGCCACGGGCGCUGUGUGCGCCGCAACCCCGGCGCCAACACCUUCCUGCACCUCAGUGCUAGCAGCUUCCGCCUAGUGCCUGGCCGUACACCCAGUGAACCCCAGCUUCGACCCGAGGGGGAGCUCAGCAAUGCCGACCUCAACUACCUGCAGACUCACUUCCGCUGCCAGUGCUAUCUAGGCUGGGGUGGCGAGCAGUGCCAAUGGAACCAUAAGGGGGCGGCUGGAAGUGCCAGCAGAGCCUGGGCUGGGUCCCACCUCACCGGUCUACUGGUUUUGGUAGCCAUGGCCCUCACCUGGACUUUGUAAGAGGGCCUCCCCCCUGGAUAUCAGUCCAGCUGGCCUCUGGCGCAAGAUCUCCCUGGCAUGAGGAGCCUGUUGGGGAUAAACAAAUGAGUCUGGAGUGGGCAGUGCCCCCAGGAUACCUCGUAGGGCAUCCAUACCAGCUGUCACCCCCCUGUUCUAAGGGGGAGAGAAGCAUCCCCUGAGAAGCCCCUCAUCUUGCCAGAGAGGACGGAGGAUACAGCUAGGCCAGGGAAGGCCUGACUCUCCUCCCCUGCUUCUGGAUAGUUUAUAAUUUUGGGGUCUCUUUUGUAAAUUAAAUAUAAAACAACUUC